GUUUUUAUUAUUAUGUGAGUUUUGUGUUUGUUUUGGUUGAAAAAAUGCUUGCACGCAAAAGAAUCUUUUAGUAAUAAAAAAAAACAAAAUCCAAGUAGUGUUUGUAAACCGCGAUUGCAUAGUAGUAGAUAAAAUGUGUAAAGCAUUAAACAAUUCGUAUAUAUAAUAUUUAAAAAAUAAAAAGAACUGAAAAUGGCCAACACAUUGUUGAGUGAAACAUCUGAGUCUAAAAAUGAUAUGACACAUACGAGUAGCUGCAGCAUAGCUGAAAAGCAAUGUAAUCACUUAAAAUAUUUCAAAGAAUUUCUACGUGACUUGACGAAAGAUGCUGUGACUAAUGAAUGCAGCGGUGAAGUAGGCAGAGAAGGUGUAAAUGUAUCUUGUAAUGGAGGUAGUGGCGGUGUAGAAUUACGACCUUUUAUACUAACGCGUUCUAAUAAUGAGAGCUAUACAGUAUCCAAAGAUGAACUGUCCGCCGAAGUAAUAAUGUGUAUAUGGCAAUGGCUCAUCCAGAAAAAAUGUCCGGAACACUUUCAAUUGGGUGUAGCUCGAUUGGCCGGAGAAGAAAUUAAUAAAGAACUUAAAAACAAAAAAAUACAUGAAGAUUUAAAGGCAACAGGAAAGCCAGGCGAAGACACAUUGGACAAAAUAAUGCUCGAUUUGCUAAAACUACAAAAAUAUAUCCAACAACAAUUAGAAAAGAUUCUGUUGCGAUUAUGUGAUAAUUCUAAAGAAGAAAAUUUAAAGAAUUUUGGAGAUUGUAGUAGAGACACUUCAUUUAAAUGUUCGGUGACUGCUGAAAACAGCCACAUGCCAUAUGUAGAAGCACAUGUCAAAAAUAAACACCGUAAAAUGGAGGAUCGCCAUAUAUGUUUGCCUCAAUUUAGUCAGAUAUAUCAACUUGAAGAAUCUCUUAGUUUUUAUGGCAUUUUUGAUGGUCAUUCUGGCUCAUUGGCUGCAACAUAUGCUACUAAUCAAAUUCCCUACCUUGUCGCUCAACAAUUGGAAUCUGUACAUGAUUCUUACGCACCAGAUACUGAUUGCUAUAGAGAUGCGUUGGAAACGAGUUUUUUGCAAGUUGAUCACAAUUACGCUCAAAAACAUCUGGGCAGUGGCACAACAGCAGUAUGCGCACUUUUAUUAAAGGACGAACUUGAAAAUUUCAAACAUUUAUACGUGGCUUGGGUGGGAGAUUCAAGAUGCCUUUUAGUUUCACCAACAGUGCACUUACAAUUGGUAAAACCACAUAAACCGGACUCGGUGGAUGAAAAGAAACGCAUAGAAUCGAUAGAAACUGGAGGCUCGGUAAUAUUUGUUCAGGGCCAAUGGCGCGUUAAUGGUAUCAUCAAUGUAUCACGUUCGAUAGGCGAUUAUACCGUAAAGGCAGUUAUAGCCGAACCUGAUAUUGUAGAUGUACCAUUACAGCCUUCUCACGACUUUCUUCUAUUAGGUUCCGAUGGCCUUUGCGAUCAUGUAAGUGAAAAGGAUAUAGUCGAUUGUGUAUACAAGUCCAUAGCCGACGAUGAGCAAUGUUUGGACGAUAUACCCAAACAUUUGAUAGAGUUGGCCAAACAAGGCGAUUCUCAAGACAACAUUACUGUCGUUUUAGUUUUGCUCAAGGAGCGUCAACAAAUUAAAGAACACUUUACAAAAAGUUCAAAUAAAUCCUCGUAAUACCUACCUAUAUGAAUAUCAAACAAUCAUUUCUUAAAGUAAUAAACUAAAUCAAUCAUAUUUAAAAUUUCGUAAUAGUUACGAAAAAUAAGUAUAAAUAAAUAUAACAACACAACAAUCCCAAAAAAAAAUCUUAAGACUUUUGGCAAAACAAACUAUUGUAAUCAAACAAGUACAUGACAAUUCUCAAUAGAUUGCUACAUUAUUCCAUUUUAAUUUAAAAGAAAUUUCUUUAAUAAAUUAUGUUCCAGUUCGCUGAUUUUUGCAUUUCUCUAGAGGCAGCCGAAAACGAGUUGUAUUUUUUGUCUCGUUCGGGAUAUCAUGUUUAAUGCUAAUAUAUUGGAAACAACUAAACCUAUCAUUUGCACUAAAUAAACAUUGUGCUAUUAAUAUGCUAUCGGAAAAUGUAAAUAAGAAAGUAAACGUUGUGAACAAUUCUUCGGGGUCUUGGAAAUGUCCGUAUGAGCAUUAUUUAAAUUAAUUCUAAUUUUCAGUGGCUUACCAAAAAUGUGUAAAUAUUUUGUAUUAUACUUUUCGGAUAGUAUCGGAUUUUUCCAAAAAAAACCGCACCAAAAAAUAAAAUAUAUAAGAUUCGGCUCAACCGAUUAUUGCACUCUGAAUUUUGUUCUGAAGUUGGUUUGCCAAAAGUCCACACCUCCUAUAUACAGAUAACGAUCUAUUGACCGAUCUGUCUAAGAUACAUAUAUAUUAAAGCCAAAAUAUUCGCUUUUUCAAUUCAGUGUAAUGCAUUAACAGUUAAAUGAAAUAUCUUUUUAUACUCUUCACCAAAGUAUAACCCCUUCACCAUGACUGGUAAGAAAUUUGUCAAUCCAUUUGUAAUUCACCAAUUUUUAUUUGCGGCCCCAUAAAGUAUAGAUAGCGGAGUCGAUAUAGACAAGUCCGCCUGUCUGUUGAAAUCAACUUUCCGGAGCCCCUAAAUAACAUAAUUGAUGGAUCGAUAGUCAUUCAAAUAGACAAUAGAUAUCGCACUCGUUCAACAAUACUGUAUUAACUCAAAAUUUUUAAAAAUUCACUUUUUGCAAGAAAUCAAUUAACAACAUCAAUAUCUAUCUACUGUAAAAAUUUCAAAGUAUUCCGAUUACUCUUUCAUCUCGAAAAUCACAUUUGAGACCAUUUUCGUGAUAAUUAGUGACUACCGUGUAUCAACAGAAAUGUAUUAUUUUGAGUUAAUACAAAAAUUUAAAUAGAAAUACAUCGUAUAUUUUCAUAAAAAACUGUAUUAUUUUGAAUUGAGCCUUUAUUCAAAUUAAAAAUAAUCAAAUUAUUUUAUUUAAAUUUGGUUGUAUUUUGGUUUGAUACUGUUUUGUUGAUAAAAUAAUACAAAAAAAUAUCGAGAAGUUCCAGAAAAAUGAUAUUAACUCAAAAAAUAUAUUUAUUUUGCAAUAAUUGCAAAAAAUUUAAAGAAAAACAAUGUAAAUAUAUUUUCAAAUGGAAUUUGCUUACUAUGAUGUAUACGGAUUUUCAGUUCAGUUUUUGCCCUCUACUGAAAAUUUUAAAAUUUUGAGUUAAUACAGUAUUGUUGAACGAGUGCGAUAUGUAAUGAUAGACCUUUCUAACGACGGAAAAAUAUUUUUCUUUUUUUUACAAAAUACAUUUAUGUAUUUUCAAAAAAAAAAUGUUUUUCAUCCAAAAAAAAAAAAAGUUUAUCUAAUUUUUUUUUCCCCAAAAAUUUUUUUUUACUAAAAAUUAUUUUUAAUAUUAAUCUUAAAUUAACUUUGGUGAAGGACAUAAGAAUUUCGGCACAGCCGAAUAUAGGACAGUUGUGAUGAAAAUCGAUUUCAAAUAUAUAUGAAUUUCAUUUAUUAGUAAAAUUGUAAAAGUGGUAAAAAAUUUAUGAAAUCUUUUUAUUUCUAGAACCUGGCAUUUUAUUUGUUAAUAAUUAAAAACCUUCUUAUUCUUAAGGGAUAAUAACAUGCAAGUAUAACAAAUUUAUUUAGCUUCAAAAUACUGUGCCUACAUACAUAAAUAAAUAAUUAAUAAUUGUGGAAGAAAAUAUAUAAGUAUUUUUAUUAGUUUUAUAAAGUUUGCGUCAUAGAUUAUUAACUACAAAGAAAAUAUCUGUUAUUAAAUACUAUUUCAGUACUUUGUUUAUUCUAGCUAUAAUGUAUACUAACCGCAAAACUUUUAAGUUCAAUUGAUUUUCUAACAACAUAAUUUAUAUAUAAAGUUUAAAGAAAAAAGCUUCAUUACUUGUAAAUAACUGAAAAACUAACUUUCUUUUAUGAAAAAUGUAAACGAAGACAAAGCAAUUAUAGUAAUUGUAUGUACAGCGUACUUUAAAGUACCUACAUGAUGAUUAAUGUUCAAAUAGAUUUUUGUUUUAUUUUAAAUGUUUGAUUAAUAGUAAGAUUUUAAAUUAUAGCAAACCUCUAUUGUAUUAUUGUUAAUGAUUUUAAUUAGUUACAAAAUAUUUUAGCAUGUUGCUUAAAAACAUUUAGUAUAAAAAAACAUAGAUCGUGUUGAAAUUUUCAACAGACUGGUUACAAAGCUGGCAAAAUAAAAUUAUAUUGGAUUUAGUAAUAGUAUGCCAUUUGAUUAUCCAGUAAUAAAUAAACCUUCAUUCAUCCCUCCGUAUUCUCCAAUAGAAUAAUACUACUAUAAAUACAUAAUUAAUAAACAAUAUGCACCUUAAUUAAUUAUACACUAAGAAACCUUUUUUGUACCAAACACAAAUACAUAUUUAUUUAUAUAUGCUCUACUAUAUAACUCUAAUAUUUAUGUAUGUAAUUCCAAUAACAAACAAAAAAAAUAAACAAAUGAUUUUUUUUACAAAAACAAA